AACCGGGGCCGUGUCCCAACUCCGAACCCAGCGGGGCGGGGCCCGAGCGUCGGGCGAGGCCGGGACCCCAGCGCUGCGCCGCGUCCGAACAUCGAGACCCCACCGAGGGCGGGAGGGGGACUCUGGGGAGCCACAGACGCCCGAGACUCACGCCAGGCGGGAUCGGCCAGUGAUCACCCCCGCCGACAGCCCCGGGCCCCGACGGCCCGGAAGUCCCGCGUGUCCGGGGGCACCGGGGGAUCGGCCGGGGCGCGGCGUGCAAGGCUUCCCGGGGGCGGCGACUGCCGAGCCCCGCCCUCCAGGCGGCCCCACCCGCCUGCUGUCCUGGGGUGCCGCCGCCCCGCCGCCCGCAGUGGACCGCUGUGUGCGAACCCUACGGUCCCGACCCGCGGGCGAGGCCGGGUACCUGGGCUGGGAUUCGGAGCAGGCGGGCGAGGGCAGCCGCCCUGAGCAGGUACGGGCGGGGCUCAAGUCGCGAGGCGGGGAAGCGGGAGCCAGACACGGACAAGGGCGACACAGACACGGGACCGAGGGGCGGACACUGGAGACACGGGAAACGGGUCGGGACAGGAGCACGUGGCUCAGACACCGACGCCGGGAGGCCGCAGACCCCGGACGUGUCAGGCAUCCCCGCAGGCCCGGAGCGAUGGCGGCCUCGAUGACCCCGGGAACCGGGGCCCCACCCGCGCCUGGUGACUUCUCCGGGGAAGGGAGCCAGGGACUUCCCGACCCUUCGCCAGAGCCCAAGCAGCUCCCGGAGCUGAUCCGCAUGAAGCGAGACGGAGGCCGCCUGAGCGAAGCGGACAUCAGGGGCUUCGUGGCCGCUGUGGUGAACGGGAGCGCGCAGGGCGCACAGAUCGGGGCCAUGCUGAUGGCCAUCCGACUUCGGGGCAUGGAUCUGCAGGAGACCUCGGUGCUGACCCAGGCCCUGGCCCAGUCGGGGCAGCAGCUGGAGUGGCCAGAGGCCUGGCGCCAGCAGCUUGUGGACAAGCAUUCCACAGGGGGUGUGGGUGACAAGGUCAGCCUGGUCCUCGCACCUGCCCUGGCGGCGUGUGGCUGCAAGGUGCCAAUGAUCAGCGGACGUGGUCUGGGGCACACAGGAGGCACCUUGGAUAAGCUGGAGUCUAUUAAUGGAUUCAAUGUCAUCCAGAGCCCAGAGCAGAUGCAAGUGCUGCUGGAGCAGGCGGGCUGCUGUAUCGUGGGUCAGAGUGAGCAGCUGGUCCCUGCAGACGGAAUCCUAUAUGCAGCCAGAGACGUGACAGCCACCGUGGACAGCCUGCCACUCAUCACAGCCUCCAUCCUCAGUAAGAAGCUCGUGGAGGGGCUGUCCGCUCUGGUGGUGGACGUUAAGUUCGGAGGGGCCGCCGUCUUCCCCAACCAGGAGCAGGCCCGGGAGCUGGCAAAGACGCUGGUUGGUGUGGGAGCCAGCCUAGGACUUCGGGUCGCGGCAGCGCUGACCGCCAUGGACAAGCCCCUGGGCCGCUGCGUGGGCCACUCCCUGGAGGUGGAGGAGGCGCUGCUCUGCAUGGACGGCGCAGGCCCGCCAGACUUAAGGGACCUGGUCACCACGCUCGGGGGCGCCCUGCUCUGGCUCAGCGGACACGCGGGGACUCAGGCCCAGGGCGCUGCCCGGGUGGCGGCGGCGCUGGACGACGGCUCGGCCCUUGGCCGCUUCGAGCGGAUGCUGGCGGCGCAGGGCGUGGAUCCCGGUCUGGCCCGAGCCCUGUGCUCCGGAAGCCCAGCAGAGCGCCGGCAGCUGCUGCCUCGCGCCCGGGAGCAGGAGGAGCUGCUGGCGCCCGCGGAUGGCACCGUGGAGCUGGUCCGGGCGCUGCCGCUGGCGCUGGUGCUGCACGAGCUCGGGGCCGGGCGCAGCCGCGCUGGGGAGCCGCUCCGCCUGGGGGUGGGCGCCGAGCUGCUGGUCGACGUGGGUCAGAGGCUGCGCAGUGGGACGCCCUGGCUCCGCGUGCACCGGGACGGCCCCGCACUCAGCGGCCCGCAGCGUCGCGCCCUGCAGGAGGCGCUCGUACUCUCCGACCGCGCGCCAUUCGCCGCCCCCUCGCCCUUCGCAGAGCUUGUUCUGCCGCCGCAGCAAUAAAGCUCCUUUGCCGCGAAA